GAGAAGAACAAUAAAGCAGUGGUUGCUGCUGUUGUCUUGAGUGAGUUAUGCCACUCCUCUCUACAGGAUCUGAACCAGUGAAGACCUUUUUUAUGCUGUUUUUUCCUGCACUGAUUUACAGUUUCUUCUCAUGACAAAUCUUUCAGAAGUGGCAGCACACAGAAAAUGGUACGUCAUGCAAAGAUGUCAAAUGCGCUGCUGACUGUCUUGCUCUUCUUAUUUCCAAUGCGGCUAUCAGGACAUUGGUUUCCCAAAACUUUACCCUGUGAUGUGGAAGCCUUUGAAGGUACUGUGAGAGUAGACUGCAGCGAUCGUCACCUCACGGAAGUCCCCAGAGGGAUCCCUGGAAACGCUACUAACCUGACCCUGACUAUUAACCAUAUCCCCCAUAUCUCUCCAGCAUCCUUUAUUCAGCUUGAAAACCUUGUGGAGAUUGACUUCAGAUGCAACUGCGUGCCUCCCAGACUGGGGCCCAAAGACAGUGUGUGCACCACACCACCAUCAAUUGAGAAUGGCAGUUUUGCCGCUCUGACAAGACUGAAGUCAUUGUAUUUGGAUGCAAACCAACUGUCAGAAAUACCCCAGGGUCUUCCUGCUAGUCUACGACUGCUGAGUCUGGAAGCAAACAAAAUUUUUUCUAUUAAAAAAAACACUUUUUCAGGGCUAAGAAAUAUAGAAUUACUGUAUCUGGGACAGAAUUGUUACUACCGUAAUCCGUGCAAUGUUUCUUUUGAAAUUGAAAAAACAGCCUUUCUGAAUCUGAAAAAUUUGACAGUACUCUCCCUGAAGUCUAACAACUUAACUUUUAUUCCACCCAACUUAUCUUCAACUUUAAAAGAAUUGUAUAUUUACAAUAACAGAAUUCAAGAGGUUCAGGAACAUGAUUUAAGUACCCUUCACAACCUAGAAAUUCUUGAUCUCAGUGGCAAUUGCCCACGUUGCUAUAAUGCCCCAUAUCCUUGUACUCCCUGCCCUAAUAUCUCAAUUAAGAUUCAUUCAAAAGCUUUUUAUUCCUUGAAAAAAUUAAGAAUUUUGAGGCUCCACAGUAACUCUCUUCGGAGUAUACCAAGCAGCUGGUUUAAAAACAUCAAGAAUCUCAAAGAUCUUGACCUCUCCCAAAACUUCCUCAUAAAGGAGAUUGGAGACGCUCAGUUUUUGAAGCUUAUCCCCAGUCUUGUAGAGCUGGAUCUGUCCUUUAAUUUUGAAUUGCAGAUGUAUUCUCCAUCCUUGAAUCUGUCUAAGACAUUUUCCUCCCUCUCUAACCUGGAAACCCUAAGAAUCAAGGGUUAUGUCUUUAAAGAACUGAGAGAAGGAAAUCUAGAUCCAUUACUCGGUCUUAGAAAUCUGACAGUGUUGGAUCUUGGGACUAAUUUUAUUAAAAUUGCUGACCUAAGAGUCUUCAAGAAAUUCCAAGCUCUCAAAAUCAUAGAUCUCUCAGUGAAUAAAAUUUCUCCUUCUUCAGGUGAAAGUAACUUUUAUGGAUUUUGCUCUGAUCCCAGUAUUACAGUAGAGCAAUACAGCAGGCAAGUUUUACAAGAGAUGCAUUACUUUAGGUAUGAUGAGUAUGGUCGAAGUUGCAAGUCCAAAGACAAAGAGGCUGAUUCCUACCAACCUUCGGUCAAUGAAGAUUGCAUGAAUUAUGGAAAAACUCUAGAUUUAAGCAGAAACAACAUAUUUUUUGUUAACUCUGUAGACUUCCAGGAUCUUAGUUUCCUCAAAUGCCUCAACUUGUCAGGUAAUGCCAUAAGUCAAACUUUAAAUGGAAGCGAAUUCUGCUACCUGUCUGGAUUGAAAUAUCUGGAUUUUUCUAACAACAGGAUUGAUUUGCUGUACUCAACUGCUUUCAAAGAGCUGAAAUUUUUAGAAAUUCUAGAUCUGAGCAACAACAAACAUUACUUUCUGGCAGAAGGUGUUAGUCAUGUGCUUAGUUUUAUGAAAAACUUGGCCUAUCUGAAGAAGCUGAUGAUGAAUGAGAAUGAGAUUUCUACCUCUAUUAGCAUGGGGAUGGAAAGUCAAUCUCUUAAAACUUUAGAAUUUCGGGGAAAUCGUUUAGAUAUUUUUUGGGCAGAUGGGAAGACUGAAUAUCUGUCAUUCUUCAAGAAUCUGACCAAACUGGAACAACUGGAUAUUUCCUCUAACAUGCUCAGCUUUUUACCUCCUGAUGUUUUUUCAGCUAUGCCUCCAGAACUCAAGAUACUGAAUUUAACCAGUAACCGGUUGAAGACAUUCAAUUGGGGAAAACUCUACUUAUUGACCAGGCUAAUAACUCUGGACCUCAGCAAUAACCUUCUGACUACUGUUCCCCGAAAGCUGUCCAAUUGCACUUCAACUCUUCAAGAACUGAUACUCCGAAACAAUCGUAUUACACGGAUAACCAAAUAUUUUCUCAGAGGUGCCAUUACGUUGUCAUACUUGGACCUCAGCUCAAACAAGAUCCAAAUAAUUAAGAAAUCUAGCUUCCCUGAAAAUAUCAUAAACAACCUGAGGAUGCUGCUUUUGCACAACAAUCCUUUCAAGUGCAACUGUGAUGCAGUAUGGUUUGUUGGGUGGAUCAAUCAGACUCACGUGACAAUUCCUCUUCUGGCCACAGAUGUGACCUGUGCUGGCCCAGGGGCACACAAAGGAAGAAGCUUGGUUUUCCUGGAUCUGAAUACCUGUGAGCUGGACACAUCCUAUUUGAUCAUGUAUGCUUUAUCAACUUCAGCUGUCCUAAGUUUAAUAACGUUUGCAGUUAUGAGUCACCUCUAUUUCUGGGAUGUGUGGUAUAGCUAUCAUUACUGCACUGCCAAGUUGAAAGGCUAUAGACGUUUACCUUUACCAGAUACCUGCUAUGAUGCUUUUAUUGCCUAUGACAAUACUGAUCUGGCUGUGAAUGAAUGGGUGAUGACAGAAUUGGUUGAAAAGCUGGAAGAUCAAAAAGCCAGACAGUUCAAUUUAUGCUUGGAAGAAAGAGACUGGCUUCCAGGACAGCCAGUCUUUGACAACCUUUCCCAGAGUAUUCAACUGAGCAAAAAGACCAUAUUUGUGCUGACCAACAAGUAUAUUAAAAGUGGCACUUUCAAGACAACAUUUUACAUGGCCCACCAACGACUUCUAGAUGAAAAAAUUGAUGUGAUUAUCUUGAUAUUUCUUGAGAAAGUAUUACAGAAGUCCCGAUAUGUUCGGCUGAGGAAGAGGCUGUGCAGAAGUUCUGUUCUGGAAUGGCCAACUAACCCUCGAUCUCAGCCUUACUUCUGGCAGUGUCUGAAAAAUGCCAUAGCUGUGAACAAUACCCUGGCUUACAACAAACUUCUCCAGGAGACUGUUUAGCUUUACUGCUCCCUGUAAAAUACUGUUACUGUGUGUGGUGAGGAAAAGAUACUGAACUUGCUAUGGAGAAAAUGUGAAAGUGGAGAGGAUAAAUGUAAUUGUGAUAUGAUUCUCAAAAAUGAAAUGCACAAUCUGUUCCAAAGAUAAUAAUUCAAUUGUUUCGCUAUGACAACAUUAAAUAUAAACUGUUGCCAGCACAGA